AUGUCGCAGUGGAAUAAUCAUGGUUAUGACAUUGCGAAAUCAUUGGCGCAUAAGUUCGACCUCAUCUCUCCUGUGUGGUUCCAAGUGGUCAGCUCACCCAACGGGUGUCAAAUAAAUGGCGUGCAUGAUCUCGACCAAGGUUGGAUAUCAGACAUAAGGAGAAACAACUCUUUAAUAAAGAUUGUGCCUCGCUUCGUGUUCGAAAAGUGGGACUUUAGCAACUUUAGGAUACUUUUGUCGGAUGAAAACUUUCAAAAUCGUUGCAUCACUUCUGUACUCGACUUUAUGCAGAGGAACAGGUUCGACGGAGCGGUGAUCGAAGGCAUUUUUCAGAUACACUGGAUGCUGUUCGGAGAAACUACAAAGAGCGUGCUGAUGAUGUUGUGGAACAUUGCUGAGCAGUUGAAGUCGAGGCACAUGCUAUCGGUUUUAGUAGUUCCGGCAUCAUUAAACGAAUACAACGUCGUAUCGCAGUAUUUUACGCCACAGCAUUACCGCCAGCUGGUGCCGUACUUCGACUACUUCAGCGUCAUGCUGUACGACUUCCCAUCGCCAAAGGUUACUCCCGUUGCACCGCUUUAUUGGGUAAAAGCUAGUGUGGAACUACUCAUUAAUGAAAUGCCAAAUUCGACAAAGAAGAUACUGAUGGGGCUCAACUUCUACGGAUACGAUUACGACUUAUCACGCGGGGACUUUGUCGCCGUAGUAGGAGCUAGGUAAAC